AUGAUUAUCUGAAAAACAAACCAACACGAAAAACACGAGCUAUUUUUUCCUGCUCCACCUCUCGCCGGCGCUAGAUUCACCAGCAGCUGCUGCAAUGGCCGAUGCGGAAGCUCCUCUGCUGGACGACGUCGUCGAAGGAUCCGUCGACUUCAAAGGCUGCCCCGUUUUCCGAUCCAAAUCCGGCGGCUGGAGAUCCGCUUCCUUCAUCAUAGCCGUGGAGGUGGCGGAGAGGUUCGCUUACUACGGAAUCAGCUCCAAUUUGAUAAGCUAUUUGACCGGACCGCUGGGGCAGUCCACCGCCACGGCGGCGGAGAAUGUGAACGCGUGGUCGGGAGCGGCGUCGCUUCUGCCGCUAUUAGGCGCCUUUUUGGCCGACUCGUUUUUCGGUCGGUAUCGGACGAUUAUCGCGGCUUCUCUGCUGUAUAUUGCGGCACUUGGAAGCUUGUCACUCUCAGCUGUCAUUUAUUCUAUGAGUUCAUCCGACUGUGAAGUUGCAGCCGGUAUGAAAGCUUGCUCUCCGUCUCAGUUUCAAGUUGUUCUCUUUUUCUUCUCGUUGUAUCUAGUCGCAUUCGCCCAGGGCGGGCACAAGCCUUGUGUCCAAGCUUUUGGAGCUGACCAGUUUGAUGAACAAGAUCCGGUAGAAAAAAAGGCAAAAAGCUCGUUCUUCAACUGGUGGUACUUUUCGUUUUGUGCUGGUGUUUUGGUGUCACUUUUCAUUUUGAACUACAUCCAAGACAAUUUGAGUUGGGGACUUGGCUUUGGCAUCCCCUGCAUUGUCAUGGGCCUAGGCCUGAUUGUGUUUCUUCUCGGAAGUUAUACAUAUCGGUUCCCAGUACAAAGUGACGAGAGAAGCCCGUUUCUCAGAAUUGGUCAAGUGUUCGUUAGAGCAUGUAGAAAUUGGAGGACUACUCAUUCUGCCAUAGACGUGGAAUUGGAAGCUGAGGGAAUUCUCCCCUACGAAGGCUUUCAGCAAUAUAAGUAUCUGAACAAAGCUUUAGUUUCACCUGAUGGCUCUAAACAGAAUGAGAAAACUUGUAGCAUAACUGACAUAGAAGAGGCGAAGUCGGUUCUCAGGCUUGUUCCGAUAUGGGGCACAUGUUUAGUUUACGGCCUAGUGUUUUCACAGUCAUCCACUUUAUUCACCAAACAAGGCGUCACAAUGGACCGUCACAUCAUCUCAAGCUUCCAAAUACCGGCUGCUUCGCUUCAGUCUCUCAUAAGCUUCUCCAUUGUCGUCUUCAUCCCCAUCUAUGACCGCAUCGUACUCCCAAUAGCUCGAGCCCUAUCCGGGAAACCAUCAGGCAUAUCAAUGCUUCAGCGUAUUGGCACUGGAUUGUUCCUGUCCUUGCUCUCCAUGGUGAUCGCAGCUCUAGUGGAGACGAAGCGUCUCCAAAUAGCUGCCGAGUAUGGGCUGGUGGACAUGCCAACGGCCACGGUCCCUAUGAGCGUGUGGUGGCUGGCACCUCAGUAUCUGCUUUUUGGGAUCUCCGACGUUUUCACAAUGGUUGGCCUCCAAGAAUUUUUCUACGAUCAAGUUCCUAGCGAGCUGAGAAGCAUCGGUCUUGCUCUCUAUCUCAGCAUAUUCGGCAUAGGGAGUUUCAUCAGCAGUUUUCUCAUCUCUGUCAUUGAGAACGCCACCAGUGGCGAGGGCAAGGAAAGCUGGUUCGCAGACAACUUGAACCGGGCUCAUCUAGACUAUUUCUACUGGCUGCUGGCCGGGCUCAAUCUUAAGACUUUAUUAGUAAGCGAUGCUUCCGCCGUCAGGGGAUGCGUUGACUUCAAAGGCCGCCGCGUUCUCCACUCCAAAUCCGGAUGCUGGAAAUCUGCUUCCUUCAUCAUAGGCGUUGAAAUGGCGGAGAGAUUUGCUUACUACGGAAUCAGUUCCAAUCUGGUCAGCUAUCUCACCGGUCCGCUAGGCCAAUCCACGGCGUCCGCGGCGGCGAACGUCAACGCGUGGGCGGGGACGGCGUCGCUCACGCCGUUGCUCGGCGCCUUCGUCGCCGAUUCGUUUCUCGGCAGAUAUUGGACGAUUAUCGCUGCCUCUCUCCUCUACAUCUUGGGAUUAGGUUCACUGUCAGUAUCAGCAGCUCUCACUCCAUCCGAUUCCUCAUCUCCUCCUCUGAUUGGUGUGAUCUUCUUCUUCUUCGCGCUGUAUUUAGUCGCAUUUGCAGUAGGCGGCCACAAGCCUUGCUUGCAGGCGUUCGGAGCUGACCAGUUUGAUGAUGAGAAUGUGAAAGAGGUUCAAUCGAAGAGCUCAUUCUUCAACUGGUGGAAUUUUUGCUUGUGUAUUAGCACUGUGUUAGGUUUGUUGGUCUUGACCUUCAUUCAAGAGAAUCUGAGUUGGGAACUCGGCUUUGGAAUCCCCUGCCUCGUGAUGUGUUUUGCACUGUUUGUGUUCCUGUUUGGGAUUGGGACAUACAGAUUCCGUGUGAAGAGUGAUGGAAGGAAUCCGUUUGUGCAAAUCACUCGUGUCCUCGUGAAAUCUCUGAAAAACCGGCGUGCUGCUGCCCUGGAAGGUUUGGCUAUUGAGGAGGAGGAAGCUCACUCUAGGUUUAUUGAUCACGCGUCGCUAGAGGCUAAUGGAGACGAAGCUUGUGAUAUCGAAGAUGCAAAGGCGAUUCUAAAGCUUCUCCCGAUAUGUUUAGCAUGUUUGCCUUUCGCCGUUGUGUAUCAACAAUCCACAACACUCUUCACCAAGCAAGGAUCCACUAUGGACCGCCACAUAACGAGCAACUUCCAGAUCCCAGCAGCCGCCCUCCAGGCCUUCACGCCCGGAUCCAUCAUCCUCUUCGUUCCAUUCUACGAACGAGUCCUAACCCCCCUAGCCAGAUCCAUAACCCACAAACCAACCGGCAUAUCACUCCUCCAAAGAAUAGGCACUGGCCUAGUUCUUGGCAUAGUCUGCAUGGUUGUUGCAGGCUUCACCGAAAGAAAACGCUUGGAGACUGCUCUUGAACACGAGCUGUUUGACUUGCCUAAGGAGACUGUCCCGAUGAGCAUAUGGUGGCUGGUGCCUCAGUACCUAAUUAUGGGGGUUGCUGAUGUGUUGACGUUUGUUGGCCUUCAAGAAUUCUUCUAUGAUCAAGUUCCUGGUGGGCUGAAAAGUAUGGGGCUUGCUCUGUCCUUCGGUGUGGCCGGGAUCGGUGGCUUCUUGAGCAGUUUCUUGGUGUCUGUCGUGGACAAGGCCACAGGUGGACGCGGCCAAGAUAGUUGGCUGUCGGAUAACUUGAAUCGGGCUCAUCUCGACUACUUCUAUUGGCUGCUGGCAGGGCUUAAUGCGUUGUCAGUUGCCUUGUUUGUCUACUUUGCCAAGUCUUAUGUUUGUAGCAAGAGAAGCACUGUGUGAAAUUGCUGAGGUUUUGUGUUCCUCUAAAAUCUUCUCUUUCAAAUCAUACGGAGCAUGUUUUCUUAA